GUCGGGGUGUCUUGGCCCUGCCUCUGCUAUGGAAACCCUCCCCAGGGAGCGAGUGGUGUGCAGGGGGCGUGGGAAGUGAAAGCUGGAGGCCUCGGACCGCCGCAGGGGAGGCGGGGAGGCCGGCCAGCCCGCAGGGAGGUAAGGAAGGCACCCUCUAGAGGACUGGGGGACAGGAAAGGCGCUGCAGCCUGGAGGAGGCGGAGUGGGAGCCGCUCCUGGCCCUCCGCCCAGCCGCUUCCUUCCCCUGACAUGACAGCCCCGCUGCCCUGGCUCCUGGCCACCUGGCAAUGGCCGUGGCACAUGACUCCCCCGCCCACUGGACCUGGGAGGGGGAGGUCUGUGCGCAGGCCAGCCCCCUCCGCCUGCCCAGGGCCCCUGGGGGGCCGCGCGUACUCCCCCAGGCUCCUGGGGCUCAGGGCUCAGCACCUGCCAGCACUCCUUCCCCCCCCCACCGUUGGGGUCCCCCCAAGGCAGGGGGCCAGUCCGAGUCCUUACUCCACCUAGGAGCUGCGUCACCUGGAGCUCAUCUGCUGAGCCUCGGCAUUCUUGACGCAUAGAACAGGGUGGGUGACCCUCCAUGUCUGCCUCACGGGAUCAUGGGAUUAUUGGAGUCAAAUGAGCUGCAUCGCCCAUCAGGAGACGUCUCACCGCAGGUGCCUGGGAGCACCUCGCUCCGCUCCACCCCACCUGCCCUGGCCAGCGGUGGCAUGACCCUGUGCCAUCCGUGCCAGAUGCCCUGGAGAAAGACAGCCAGUGCUUGAUCUUUCAGGAAGGUGAGGGAGAGGGGUGUGCUUGUCUGCGCCCCCACCCCCUGCUCCCGGGAAGUUCCCUCAACUCUGUGAAGUGGUGGGCCUCUUGCUUUUGGAGAGGGCUAGGUUUGCAUAGAGCCCCAGAGGGGGCCUCUGGGAAAAUGUGCCAGUAAACUCCGGGUAAAUUCUAAUUUCUGUCUGUGCUACUGGCCUCACUUCCUCUUCCCCCAGCUCUUUCCCUCCUUUCCCUCCUUUCCUUCCUUCCCAACGUCCUUUAUCCCAUUUACUUCUACUCUGUAGCAUUAUCCCCAAAUUGAUGUGAUCAGUCUUUGAAAUGGGGUCGAGUUUGUGUGGAAGGCACGUGAGCAUUUUCGUAGUGACUUUACAGGGUAAUGAACAUUACCCUUUUUUGAGUGGGGAGGUUUGGGGUAGGAGUAGAGGACAUGAAAAUAUUGCAAGUUCUAAAAGCUAGGAUUUGAGCAGCCUUGGCCAAGUUGACUGAUCCCAUCCUGAAGUGAUCUGCACCCAAGAGAAAGGUGUGGGGGGAGGGGGUGGGCAUUUGGGGAGUUAACCGCUUGCUGUGCUAGUUGAGGAAACAGGCUGCAGUUGAAAAUGUCUAACGAAGCUGACAGGGGUGCCUCGUUGGAUUAACUCUCCCGUGUACCGUAUGGCAAGCUAGAAGAGGACUCAGGGGUCCCUGGUCCCGUCCCUUGUCCUGUUCUUCCCGGAUGGAAGAAGAAGAUAAACAGGGUGUGUGUGAAGCCCAGGACUCAGAAGACGAGGGGAUGGGCUCUGAUUUUGAGAACUCUGAAGACAGGGAACGGGACCCAGAAGAAACAGGAAUGGGCUCUAAUCCACAGGAUGCACUCAAGAGACAAGACCACCCAGAGCCAAAGAUGGGCUCCAACCCACAGGACGCAGCUCUAGGAAGGGACCCAGAGGAGAGGGAACUGGUGUCUGACAUCUGCCCAGAGGGGCUGCUGAGUGAGGAAGAAGGGGCUGCUCUCCGCGAGGAAGAAGAUUACCCAUCUGGUGUAGCUGAGAUGGCGAUGUUCCCGGGACUGUCUGAAUCGGACAGCAUUUCCCGCAGCCCCCGGGAAGAGGAGGAGGAGGAGGAGAGCGCUGGGGAGAACCCGCUAGACGAAGAGGAGCAGCCGCCCCCUCCCAUGCUUCCCUGGCGGCGGCACCUCUCCCUGGGGAGUCGGCACCGGAGCGACAAGCCUGCCCACCGCCGCUUCCGCCGGCUCCACCAUCCCAUGGCCAUGGACCUCGGGGAGCUCGACAGCCUGAUGGCCAGCAUCAUGGACGCGCCCACCAUCUGCCCCGACUGCGGCGAGAGCUUCAGCCCCGGCGCCGCCUUCCUGCAGCACCAGCGCAUCCACCGCCUGGCCGAGGCCGCCGCCGCCGCCAGCCUGGAGCCCUUCGGCUUCGCGGGCGAGUGCGGUGCGGUAGUGGGGAUGGUGGGCGUGGGCGUGGCGGGGGGUUUUGGGGCGGGGCCCGCGCUGGCCCGGCCCCCGCGCGAGAAGCCCUUCCGCUGCGGGGAGUGCGGCAAGGGCUUCAGCCGCAACACCUACCUGACCAAUCACCUGCGCCUGCACACGGGCGAGCGGCCCAACCUGUGCGCCGACUGCGGCAAGAGCUUCAGCUGGCGCGCCGACCUGCUCAAGCACCGGCGCCUGCACACGGGCGAGAAGCCCUACCCCUGCCCCGAGUGCGGCGAGGCCUUCAGCCUCAGCUCGCACCUGCUGAGCCACCGGCGCGCGCACGCGGCGGCCAGCGGCGCGGGGGCGGCGGCGCUGCGGCCCUUCGCCUGCGGCGAGUGCGGCAAGGGCUUCGUGCGCCGCUCGCACCUGGCCAACCACCAGCGCAUCCACACGGGCGAGAAGCCGCACGGCUGCGGCGAGUGCGGCAAGCGCUUCAGCUGGCGCUCGGACCUGGUGAAGCACCAGCGCGUGCACACGGGCGAGAAGCCCUACAUGUGCUCCGAAUGCGGCGAGACCUUCAGCGUCAGCUCGCACCUCUUCACGCACAAGCGCACGCACUCGGGCGAGCGGCCCUACGUGUGCCGCGAGUGCGGCAAGGGCUUCGGGCGCAACUCGCACCUGGUGAACCACCUGCGCGUGCACACGGGCGAGAAGCCCUUCCGCUGCGGCCAGUGCGAGAAGCGAUUCAGCGACUUCUCGACGCUCACGCAGCACCAGCGCACGCACACGGGCGAGAAGCCCUACACGUGCAUCGAGUGCGGCAAGAGCUUCAUCCAGAGCUCGCACCUGAUCCGCCACCGCCGCAUCCACACCGGCAACAAGCCGCACAAGUGUGCGGGCUGCGGCAAGGGCUUCCGCUACAAAACGCACCUCGCGCAACACCAGAAGCUACACCUGUGUUAGGGCUGGGCCGCAGGGAGGCUGCCCUGGGGGUGGGGUGGGGGGAGCAUGCAGGGGAAUAGAUGUUCUGGGGAUAGGCCAUGUAGAAAGAAAUGGGAAGGGGCGGGAGGGGCAAUCGGAGAGUGACGGGGGAGUCUUUUGGUGUUAGGGGGUCUUGAAGGGGAGGGUUGACUAAGCGUUGUUUGGGGGUGUUAUAUUUUGCCUGCCUCCUCCCCCAGGAGGGCACGCUUGGGGGAGAUGUGCUUGAGCGCGAAGACUUCUUCAGGUGCACGCAGUAGGGGGUGAAGAGCACGGGGGCGGGGUGGGGGGGGAGCAGGCGCUUUGAGGACCUUGAAGAAGAGGGGGCGGGGUGGGGGAGUGAACAGGAUGGCAGGCAAUAGGGUAGGUAGGGUGGUGAUGGCCUGUGAAAAUCGGGAGAGGGCGUGGUUAGAGUGAGGAUUAUGGGAUAAAAUAAAAGGAAGGUAUGACUAAUUCUAUCCUGGUCUCACCAGGCGUUAAGUCAGUGUUGGAACCUUGCCCCCCCAACAGCUGUAGUCCCAUGAAAAGUAGACGAAACCUUGUCGAUCCUAUGGGGGAGGAUAUUUUAUAUAUUCUUCCCUUCUUUUCUCUGAGCCACAGUUAGCUGCUAUUUUGAGGCAUCCAGGGGAAACUGGGCAGGAAAGCUACACGCUCUGUUUUCAAACGCAACACUGAGGUUUAGAAAUGCGUUCGUAACUGGUUUUAAGAUGACCUGGGUAAGCUUGGUCCUGCCCCUGGCUCUUUAUUACUUCCUUUAAAAUAGUCUAUCUCCAUGCUAGGUCAAGGUGGUCCAUGUGGAAGGCCGGUGUGUGCCAAGCCAGGUAUUUGAGGUCUCACUUGUGAGGUUCUAAGUGCAGGAAAAUGAAACAGUCCCAGCUGUGUGUGACUUUCCCCUUCCCAGGUCAGCAUGAUGCUUGUUUCAGACCAGUGACCUGCUACAGAAGUCAACCAGCUCAGAGUUCUGCUAGCCUUACAUGAGAAAUCCGGGAAAGCAAAUGGUCACAUGUUGGGGUACAAGGCUUCUUUGUCUCAUUUGCCUUCACUCUGUAUCCAGUGCACCCCUCCCACCUUGGUAGUAAUGGAGGAGGGAAUAGAACAGCCACCUCUAUCCAUUUUGAUAUGGGCUUUUGGUCUGAGUAGAAAUUUCUUUUUGUUACACAGGGAGGCACAGUAGAAAGCUUAAGGCUUUACACCAGAAGGGCACAAGCAGGGAGAGGUGUAAAUGCAACAUUGCCAAAUAGCACAAGGAAUGAAUGUUUUCUGGUUGUUAUAUGAAUGCCAAAACAGCACUUUUAUAUUUGUAAAGUGCUUUAUGCUUUUUAAUGAUUGUUAGUUGUUUCUCACAUCUUUGUGAGGUAGAUCAGUAUUACGAUCGUAGGGAAGGCCUGGGGAGAAGAGUACAGCAGGCUGUUCUGAAGAGAGGCUGAUGACCUCCGUGGAGAUAGGUACGGCCUGACCUUUUGUGCUCUCCAGCUCAGCUGCUAGAAGACAACCUGUCAUGAUUUAUGUAAUAAAGACACUGAAAAUUCUUCUGCUUUAUGGAAAACUUAAGGCUAGUCUAGAAGGGCCAAAGAUGUCCUUGUUGACAAAGCUGGUCUUUGUCACACAGUUAGGGUGUCUUAGGUUUGUUGUAUUUCUAGUAGGGCUGUAGUUAGAUGACUGUUAAACAGAUUUCGGUUACCUGUGCUGAAAAUCCCGCCCCUGGUUUAGCCUCUAGAAGUUAGAGUUGUGGAAAGCAGUGUUGUUUUCCUCACCAGUGAUCGUGAGUUGUCCUGUACCUUUCAUGGAAGCAUCUUCACAAGCUGUUGGACACACUUGAAGGAGAAGAAGAAAAAUUGCAAGAUUGUUCUUAUGGUUUUAGCAAAGUUUCUGUGGAUGCUGGUAUUUUAUACUUGAUCAGUUGUGUUUUAGCCAAGAACCUCUUUGGGGACUGUAGGAAAGCAUGUUUCUGUCCUUAUGAAAACACUUUCUUAAAAAAGUCUUGAGACUUCUGGGCUUAAUGUAAUGCCUGUUGAUCUUGCCCUCUUAAUCAGUUUAUUGUCACUUACAAAUGCAAAUAGUACAGAUUUUCAAAAGAUAGAUAAUUUUGGAAGAUACUAAUUCUUUAUUUUCUUUUAGUACUCGACAGCACUAUGAGCAAAGUAAAUGUGCAUUAUUUAUUCUGACUCUUUACUCUGAAUACUAAGUGUGUAGGACUCCUCUGAAAAGAAUAUAGCCAAUUUGUAGGUAAUCUUAUUCCUUUGUGUGUGUGGUUUUUGUUUUGUUUUGUUUUGUUUUUUUGUGUACAUCUACCUCUUCCAGCCAUUUUAAGUUCUCUCAAGUUCGUGCCUAUGAAAUCUCAUCUAACUUUUGAUUAUUCGGGGAUUGAUCUUCCACUUUAUGGGUUAUUUGGUGUUUUGCUCCCACUGCACAGUCAUCUAUAUUAGCUAGGUUAUGUAUGGAUGGCUUUCAAGAAAGAGGUCAACAGGGAAAGGAGACUGAAGCUAACAUAAAAUAACUUAGUGGCAGUGGAAAUCUUUGGAUUUCAUCGACCUCUCUUGGGUACCAUGGAUAAGAGAGUCAGCUACUUCUGUAUCCCUUUUGUGAGCAAAUCCCUUAGUAGAAGAAAACAGUCCAGCCACCAACACCCCCACUCUCAUGGUGCAUUUAAAAUGUGAUUCCACUCUUACAAUUCUUCAGGGAACAGAGCUGCAUUAGGUGACUCGAAAUGCAGUCAGGAGAUUGUUUCUCAUAUUUAGUUUGAGAAUUGUUUUUCUUCAGCCAGCGCUUGUUAACUGUGGUUCACCCUUAAAAGUGUUACUUUGAAGAUUCCUUCCAUCAACUCAUUAAUGAUGGCGGAGGCAAGUGUAUCAUUUGUUUCCUGGGGAGUUUGGUCAAGUACAGGCUGCUCCUUACUUGGCGAAGCCAGGAGCAGUUUAAAUAGGUUAAAUGGCUUGACGAAAUCUUGAGUUCUGAGUUGGAAAGAGAAGAUGAAAAGUUAACCCCUUGAGCCGUGUGGUCUCUUCAGGAUCAAGAGCCUUGUACAUAUGUGAAAAGUACAGAUUAAGAACCUGUGUUCAUAGACAAUCUGAACUGUGUUUCUGAAGUUUGUGCACAUUUUCCUUCACUGUAAUGUUAUUUUACAGCUGUUUGUUAAAAUAGUGAAUAAUUUAAUGAUCCUGAAAAUAACAGUUUUUGUGUGUGUGCUUGUAUAUGUGAGAACUGCCUUAUUUUCAGGUUGUUUUAUUUAAUGAUGGUUCCUUGGACAGCAUUCUGGUGUUUAGCCACCAAUAUGGAGUAUUUGUCAUUAAAUCCAUAUCAGUCUUUCCCCA